UAGAUCAUCAGUUAUGCCCCUAGAGUCCAUCAAGUUCAUGGUGCAUCCGACGAUCAGCAGAAGGAAAUUUGUCCGUCGGCGUUCGUUAGUGUAAACUUUUAGUAUAAUUAACCAAAAAACGUGACAAAAAUGUUGAUCAAAGUCAAGACACUGACAGGGAAAGAGAUCGAAAUCGAUAUCGAACCUACCGACAAAGUAGAGAGGAUCAAGGAAAGAGUAGAAGAAAAGGAAGGCAUUCCUCCACAGCAGCAGAGGUUAAUCUUUUCGGGAAAACAAAUGAAUGAUGAAAAAACAGCUCAGGAUUACAAAGUCCAAGGCGGUUCUGUCCUGCACUUGGUACUCGCGUUGAGAGGUGGUUUCUAAUACCAAAAAAAAAUUAAAUACGCGAUUUUGGUCCCAUAAUCGUCUUCAUCAACGACCAACAACUGCUAGCAGAUUAAAUUGGAAGGGAAUGAGUCAUAAAUCGUUGGGAAUACUUCAGCAGAGACUCAAUACGUCAUAUGUUGGACAUAUUCAUUGAGAUCAAGAACUUUGCAACUUAACUUCGAAAUAAAUGGAUUAAAUUGUUUGAUUAAAUAUAAUGACUACUUCGCUUAUUGUAUUCAACAUUCACUGAAACUUUCACGAAUUAAUAGAUAUUAAAAAUACAUAAAUGUUUAAAAUAAAUAAUAAAUGAGGAAUAAUAGUUGAA